AUGAAUCACUAUAAUUCCGUACUAAUUUAUACCAGUAGGGCAAUCAGCCUAACCGAGGGUAGGACCUUAGGGGAUUUAUACUUAUGUUGGGUGACUGUCCUGUAAUUGAAAACUCCUGUAAGUACUGUAGAGAUUGGGUUGGUUCUCUCCUAUUCUGUGAUUGUUUCUUGCGGGUGCUCCGACUUUCCUCACACCUAUACCGAAAACCAGACUUAGUUAUCUAUAUAGCACGAAUAUCAUGAUCCUCUGGCGUGAAAGAAUCGUGCAUCAUGCACACCCUGUGAAAUGGACAUUAAAUAUAUCGUUAUUUCAGGAGAUUAUAUAGAUUUAAAAGUAUUCUCCUUGUAAUUGUAACGGAAUAUUUUUAAUUAUUUUGUUUAGCUCUUGGUGUAUUUACAUCCACAGCAGGUGGUAUAAAAUAUAAAAGAGAAUACACAACAAUUGAAAUUCCUUUCACAUUCAAUGACAACAAGUUUGCGAGUGUAAUUUGGUAUUAUAAGAAACGAGGCUCUUCUGGGAGUUUAAUCACGAUCUAUGACGUCAACCCUCAGGGUGAAAGCAUUCCAGUUGAUUCAAACCAGUUCACUGGCCGAAUUGAGUUCAAAGGGGACUUUGCAAAUACAAACAGAGAUGCAACACUGGCCAUUAAGGAUUUUAUGAAACAAGAUGAAGGAAAUUUUACCUGUGAAGUGAGAGGUCCUAAGAUCCGUAGACAGACAGUCACAAUCAGAGUGACAGGUAGUAUUAUAAAAGAUGCUUUGUUUCAUUGAUUGUACUAUUGCGUAUUCUUUCAAACUGCUCUUCUAACGAACGUUUCUUGCUUACGUUUAGUCAUUUCCAAAUUCAGUCAUGUCCCAUUUCAUUUUUUCCAAGCUUUUUUUCCCACCCACUUUCCCUAUUAAUAUCUAUAGUAAAAUUGGCCUAAUCAAAUCAUGCUUGUGGUGAUGUGGUCUGUGGAUUUUAUUUUUGUUGGGAGGUAGUCAAUCUUUGAAUGGAGCCAGGCAUAUAGGGGUUGAACCAAAACUAGUAGCCUCGGAACGAGAAUUUAUGGGUCGUCCCGAAAUCAAUUCCAGCUUGUGUAUGACUCGGAUAGAUCCUACUAAUAGGUAUUGAAUUUGGCGCAAUAGCUAUUUUAUCCUUAUUUUAGAUUGCUUUUGAAGUUGUUAGCCUAAAAUAGAUGUUUUAGAUUUAGAUACUUCACAUGCACCCUUCACUCAUAGUUAACCAUCUGCCUCGUCCCCAGGCGUUAAUAAAAAAAUUUCAUGCGAGUCACUAUAUGAAGGUUUACAUGAAGUAGUGCAUCACAUUAUAGGCGCGCAAAGGGGAGUGGGAUAUGAGCGUUCUGGUUAGCAAGAAAUGCAUCCAAGAAAUGCAUCCAUGCUCCUCAAUUUUCGAUGCCUCAAGCCCAUAACUCCCUGCGCUUGUUCAUCGUGAUGCACUACUUCAUGUAAACCUUUCAUAUAGUGACUCCCAUGAAAUUUUUUUAUUAGCGCCUGGGGACGAGGCAGGUUAACCAUGCAGUAAGGCCAAAAAAAAUAUGUGGGUUUCCGGUUUCUUCUUAUAAAAACUUAGGUAGGGUAGGUCGGUUUUAACUUUUUUUUUUAACUUUUAUUUUAAUUUUCCUAACAACCGGACGCCAUUUUGUUUAGUCAGUGCUUCCAUAUCCAAAGAUAAAUUUCCCUAAUAUUGCCUCAAAUUUCAAUUUUCCACAAACUUUUUCCUCUUUCAAGUGGAAACACUUACAAGCAUGAUCCAAUAAAAAAGUUUAGUAGGGUCGGGAAACCGGAAACCCACAUAUAUUUUUUUUUUGCCUAACUCCAGAAUUCAGAAUUUAACGUUUUGAAGACAUAACGCACAUUUUAACAUUUGAAUUUGUAGCUAUCCCCCUAUAAUAUAGGCUUAGACUAGAGAGGUAUUGCGGUGCCCCGCCCAAAGUUUGGGCACCGCAUUAUAUUCUGCCUGUGAGUUUGUUUGUUUGUUAGUUUGUUCGCAUCAAUACGUUUCCUUAAUCGCCUACCAAAAAUUCCUUGCACGUGCUCGGAAUUUAUUAAUUAUUAUUAAUCGUGUACUCUCAUGAUGAUCGACUGUUUGCUCAGCUUUAUCUCUGGUUUUAUGCGUCAAACAAGGACAAAAAUACCACUGUUCGAAUCAGCGUGAAAAGUUGUGUUUACGUAUGGAAAAUUGAUUUCAAAAUUGACUUCUAUUCUAGGUAUUUGUCGCCUUUGAAAGACAAAAGCCGCUCAAAAUAAUUCUUCACGUUUUCCGAAUUCCUUUUUUCGAGGAAAGUUUUCUUUCGAAUUACAACUCGAACUCUCACGAUUGACAUUUUGCUGCGUCUUAUCUCUGGUUUUAUGCGCCCAAUAAGGACAAAAAUACCACCGUUCGAUUCAGUGUAAGAAAUUAUACUGACAGAUGUCAAAUGUAUUACUAAACUACAGUAUUCUAGCGAUUUAUGGCCUUUGAAAGACAAGCGAAAUUGUAUUGUUCACAAAUCGCUCAAAAUUAUUAAACAUAAUUAAAAGUGCAAUACAUUUGACCUUGAUAACUUUCGUAUUGUUGGUUUUCUCUUUUUCGGCUGUAUACCAGUGGAUUCGUCUCACUUUUCUCUUUAUUUUGUUAGUAGUUUGAGCCCAAAAUAUUAUAUUUUGAAGCUUUUAAUGUGCAGUUUUAAUAAGCGAAAUUGUAUUGUUUACAAAUCGCUCAAAAUUACUAAACUAAUUAAAAAUGCAGUCCGUUUGAUCCUUGAUAAUUUCGGAAUUGUUGGGUUUUCUCGUUUUCGGCCGUAUGCCAGUGGAUUCGUCUCACUUUUCUCUUCAUUUUGAUAGUAUCUUGAGCCCAAAAUAUUUUAUUUUGAAGGCUUUAAAACGCAGUUUCGACCCUAACGUACGGACCAACUGGCGGCCGACAGGAGAAUGUAGCGUGCUAACUGCUAAAUAUUAAACUAGGGUACCUGCAAGGUAGGGAUUGCUGCGGGCAUCAAAAGCAAAUAGAACCACAGUAAAGAGCACAAAUUAUAUCAAGCACAGUGAUUACUCGCAGCGACUAGUGAGCUGUGAAUGGAACUGAAAAGAAGGACAAGAAGCAAUAUAUAUUGAAGUAGCAAAGAUUGAAGUAGCAAAGACCAGGGGUUAAAGGGCAAUCAGAGGUGACAGAUAUUAAACAUGUGCGAUUUCAUAUCAAGUCAUAUCUGCUAGGUGCAUUUACCACAUUAUAUAGACUAUAUACACAGAUUUAUCACACUAAGAAACCAAAACUUUAUAAAAAAUAUAGAACUGACAGUGGCCAAAGUCCAAAACAAAUGUAGCGUAACAUUAGACGUCACAUGAAAAAGCUUUAGAAAUUCGAUAAAAAUUCGAUGGUGGGUCCUCGCAGACCUCGCGCGCUCACUUUUCCCUCACUAGAAACAUCAUGUAUUAUAGCCAACAGGAGAAAUCUAGGGGCCCCAUCUAGCGUAUUAUUUUAUAUAAGUUUACUUGCAGGCGAAACGCCAGAAAUUUUUUUUGCAGGGCACCGCAUUUUAGUACUGUGUCUGGUUGGUUUGUAACGUCUGAAUUAUAAGCCAUGAAUCCAAUAUCUUUUAAAUGGUUGUAUAAUUUAUUUAUAUGACUUAAUUUAUCCCCCCUCAAUACUCGUAAUUUGUUAAAAGCCAGUACUUUCUUACUAUAGUGAGUAGUGUAUGUGCAUUCAUUAUGCUGGGCAUUGAUUCUAUCAUACAGUAUAUAUAGGAUUUCCGAUGAACAGUACGUGACCCAGGAUUCUAAAACAGAAAAAAUAGAAGGCAAGGUGAAGGUAUAUUAGGGACUGAAGCUGUUUUUACUCGGGAGCCGUAGCAUAUAAUAAUUUUAAGUCAAAACUGAGUCUACUUAGAUUACUGUAGGUUUUAUAUUAAUGUCAUUUAUAUAGAGAAUAAUACAUGGGUACGCGGAAAUACCCGCAGAUUUAUUUCGAGUUUUGAACAAGAGUGAGCGCAGCGAACGAGUGAGAUAUCAUUUCAACACAAGAAAUAAAUCUCAUCUAUGUAUUUUUCUGUUUAUUAUAUAAAGUAUUAAAGGACAGUAUUUGAAAAUUAGCGAUAAAUUUUACAGAGAAGCAAUAAUUGAAUGUAUAUAAUAUACAUAUAACUAUUGUAUGUUAUAUAAUUCAUAACAUAUAUACAAAACAUAAAAAAUCUAGCUCACAUGUCAGAUUAUCAAUUUUAUCAGUGCUCGAAAUUUCUAUAAAGCACUAUACUUUAUAUAAUAAAAUAAUAUCUUAGACAUUUAAUUUCUAGUUACUAUAUUUAUUUACAUUAUCCAGGGCGCUCUUUAUUUAUUAACUUUGCAAUCAUACAAAAAUUAUAACAAUGAUUGAAGGUAUGGUCAACAGGACAUGAGUCCCAUGUGAAGACCAACCUGAUACAAAACAAUAAGUAGACAUACAUUAAAGCCGAGGACUAGAACACUAUUUAAAUAUAUAACUAUAUAAAAAUUAAUAGUUUAGAUUAUGAGCAACAGCUUAAGUUGAAAGAACGGCAUUUAGAGCAUGCAGUAGGUUUUCCAAGUGCGCAUUCUGUUAACAUCGAAAGAAGAGUCUAAUUGAGAAGACUAUAGUGAGAAUGGAGCUGGAGUUUAAAGGAUGAAACAGAUCGACGAUAACAGCGUUUGCUGACGAGCUUACCCUAGUGAAUAUUAUUAUUAUUAUAUGAUAUUAUUAUUAUUGUUAUUAACUGUGUUAGUAUAUAUGAACGCAGCACAGAAAAGUAGACGGCGAACAUUUAGGAAGUAGACGGCGAACUUCGCCAGUCACCGGCUUCUAAUGAGAACCCUGCCGUUACCCAAUAACAUUCGAAUAGAUUUAAACUUUCCUGUGUGUACAGUAUAUCAAUAUGGUUUAUUGGUAACAGCCUUUUUUAUGAAAAGCUUCAACAGGGUUCGUAGCGGUCUUUGAAAUCCUUGAAAGGGGUAACUCCUUUGUGCCAAAAGCCGGCGGCCGCAGGUCAAUUAUACAGGGAUCCCUUGCAAAGUGAUGAAGUUUAAGUUUUAAACAAUUGUUUCAGACCAUCGUCACCGCUUCGAAUAAGCAGGACAAGGGUGGCCUUUUUAUUUUGAGACGGAGGCCCAACUGUUGAGAAAAUCAAACACUUCGAAUUGUGCGAGAAAGUGAAGAAAGUUUUUAAAAGUUUUAUAUAUAUGUCGGUGAAGAUUCUUUAGAUAAUAAAGUAGAUCUAUGCAGCUAUAGAUUUUUACAAAUAUCGAAAACAAGGCACAUUUUAGGAUGUGAUAUGACGGGACUAAUUACUGGGUAAAAAAUGGCGCUAAUAUACAAUCGUGAUUUUUCAACUUCCUCAUUGCUCUCAAAGAUCUUUGAAAAUAGGCAAGUCUUUGAAAAUAGGCAAGUCUUUGAAAAUAGGCAAGUCUUUGAAAAUAGGCAAAUCUUUGAAAAUAGGCAAGUCUUUAAUAGUCGUUGAAAUAGUACCCCCAGUUUGUUGGGCAAACAAAGCCAGUCGGGCAAUAUUCGCUUAACAGUCGGGCAAUAUUGGCUUAUUAGUAUUUUUGCACAAGUGAACAUAACAAAUCCUACAAGGUGAUUGGUCAAAUUUGACGUAUUAAUCUGUUAUAUUCACCUACAGGUGAAUAUAACAAAAUCUUCGUCGAGGUGAAUAUUCCCCGCGAUAAUCACCAGCCUGAGGCGAAUACUUGUUAAUUAUAAAAAUAAAUGGGACAAAUUCUGUCAAUUUUGUGGAAAAUUCUGUCAAUUUUGUGGGAAAUAUCAGUGCUAUCUAAUAGGAAUUUUUCGUAAUCAUUCCCCCGCCCCCGUCGACAACAAUUUUGGAAAGUUUCUCCGGAAAAUUUUUUUUGACAACUCGGGCACGCACAAUCCGAAAAAGUCGGGCAAAUUUCUUUCCGCCCCCCUAAUUUUUUCCUUCCCGUACGCCCAUGAGCUGAGUUCAAAUCCGAAAGUUCCCAUGCCGUUUUCUCACAAAAUGCUAUUUUAUCUUCAAUAAUUUCACGACAAAUGUUUCAUUGUUCAACGACACGGAUUGAUGACGAUACACGAAGACCGGUUUUGCCCGAAUCAUUUUGAGUUAUGCAAUCUUAUACGUGUAUAGGACGUAAAAACCAUAUCUUAAUUUUUUUCUGUGUUGGUGUAGUGUACUCAGGUGAAUAUGAUAUUUGUGGUGUUACUUUGAGUGUAUUAUAUUGGGCUAGUAUUCCAAAGGUCGUAGGUUCGAAUCCCACCGUGGCCGGGCAUAUUUUUCAAGCUCGCCCGGUGUGGAUAUACACUCAGAGUAACACCACAAAUAUCAUAUCUUAAUUGUCUACAACUUUGAGAAAGUACAAAUAACGCUUUCUAAAAUCCUCAGCUCUAGAUAUAUAUCUAUAAAAUCACAAGGACAUUUAUGCGAAGUCUUUUGGCUAUGUCACUGGCCUGAAAAAUAACUCUUUUAACGCGAUCAAGGUAUUUAACUCAAAAGUAACACGAAGCCAACGUAACAGUAAAGACGACGCUAAAAUGAAAUAUUAUCGAUUGGUUGCUGGUAGAACACUUACGACAAGAUCAAUCUUAAAUAACCUUAAACUAUAAGAAUAAAUGUUUACAUCAAAGACAAAGAUCAGUCCCAAAGUGCUGUGUAUUCUGUAAAUUCUGUAAUGCUCUAUAUUCUAUAAACUUACGAGGAAGUGGAGAAAUGUGUGCAUAUAUUUGGUGAUUUCAACGUAUUGCAUGGAGCCCUCUUUCCAAUAAUAUUCGCUUAUCGCGCAGUAUAUAACACCAACUGAUGUAAUAGUUCAAAUGUAAUGAUAAGUUAUCUCUUCAAUUACAUCUCAGAAACUGUGUUGAAAAUUUAAAUGCUGAUCCAUUUUUUUUUUUUUAUUUAUUUCGCCCAAUUUUCCAAAGUACAAUAAAAUUUAACUAUUUACAUUUUUAUAAUCUAUACGUAGGGCUAGAGAUCUUUUAGAAACCCUUUUGGGAUUUUAUUUUAAGACCCCUGGUGAUAACAAAUUUUUUUUUACUUAGCAUAAUUUCAUGAUGUCAUAAAAAUAGUACCCAAUAUAAUAACGAAAAUAUAUACAAUUGUGAGAGUGUUUGAAGGAAAGUUAGUCUAUUUACAAGAUUUUUCAGAUUUUUUAAACUUUAUACAUUAAAAUAGGAUGAUUAAUUAGCUGAAUGGUGUGAUAUAAAGUAUGUUUUCACAUUUUUUUUGAAAACCAUAUAUGAUCCAAUAUUUUUUAACUCAUGUACUUAAAUUAUUCCAAACGUCAAUACCUUUACUAACAACAGAUUGUUUUCUAUAGUUUGUUCUAGUAUAAACUUUAUGCAAUUUUUUUGAAUUUUGCGUGCAAUGUUCAUGAAUGUUUGAAUUUUUUAUGAAGUAUCCAUUAAAAAUGUCGGAUAAAUCAUUAGUACAGUUGCAACGGUACAUAAAUAAGCUGGUAAGGUAAAUCGUUAAUUUUGAAAAUAUUUAAUAUUUUCAAAUCAUUAAAUAGCGGUUUUUUAUGUUCUGUGUAUGAUUUAAAUUUCAUUAAUCGAAUAAUCUUCUUUUGAAUUCUGAAAAGCUUUUCAAUUUUCGAAGGGUAUGUAUUACCCCAAGCUAAAUUACCAUAUGUAAGGUAUGGAUAAAUUAAAGCAUAAUAGGGUCAACUUUACAGUGUUCAAGUUCGUAAAAUGUCGCAAUUUUGAAAUUAGUCCAGUAAACUUGACAAUAGUUUUACUCAUAUAGAAUCAAUAUGAUUUUUCCACGUUAAAUUUUCAUCAAUUAGUACACCCAAAAAUUUUGUAUAAGAGACCUUUUGGACCAAUUCAUUUCUUAUUUUUAUUGUAAUAUGAGAUUCCGAUUUAUUAUUUUUUGAUUUGAAAAGAAUUAAUUUCGUUUUAGAAGCGUUAAUUGAUAAUUUAUUAGCAUUAAGCCAAUGCAUAAUUUGAUUCAUUUCUUCUUGCAUUAUAUUCGUUAAAGAGGUUAAGCAAGAAUUUGAAUAAAACGAUUUGUGUCAUCUGCAUACAAGACAAAUGAUAUAUAUUACCACAAUUUUCAAUAUCAUUGAUAUAUAACAAAAAGAGCAAAAGUCCAAGUAUUGAUCCUUGAGGAACACCAGUAGUAAUAGUCAUUUCUGAUGAAUUAUAUUCUUUAUAUUUUACUAUUUGUUUUCUUUCUUUCAAAUAACUUUUAACCAUUCAUUGCAUAAUCCUCCUAUACCAUAAUGUUCUAACUUCUUUAUAAGAAUUUCAUGGUUGACUGUCUCAAAUGCUUUUGAGAGACCAAGGAAAAUUCCAAUUGUGUAUUUGCCUUCAUCUAUUGCUUUGGAAAUUUUGUCAUUAAUUUCAAUAAUUGCAUGCAUGUUCUGUUGAUCUAUUUUUCCUAAAUCCGUAUUGGUGUUUCGACAAGAUUUCAUUUGCGUCAAUAAAUUUUAUCAAUCUUUUAUACAUUACAUAUAGAUUACCGUUUUAUAUCGUUGUAUAAAACAUUUUGAUCGCAUGUAACCAAUUAGUUCUUAUGCCAGAGACAUAGCCCAAAGACUUAGCAUUAACGCCCUUAUAAUUUUAUAGAGAUAGAUCCAGAACUAAUCCUAAGGAUAUUAGAAGGAAUUAUCUCUACUUUGCGCUCAAAGUUGUAGACAAGAUAAUGAAGAUAUGUUGUUUACGUGCAACACGCAUAAGAUCAGGGUUGGCAAGUUAGAUGAAUAAUUAGGCCAAAUCGUCAUUAGUGCCGUUUAGAAAACAAAGAAAACAAACAGCCAAGACAAAGAAAACAAAGGCCUAGUGUGACGCUGUUUGGCCUAAUUAUUCAGGAAACCUACCAACCUUGCAUAAGAUUGCAUAACUCAAAAUGAUUGGAGCAAAACCGGUCUUUUGUUAAAAGGAAGAAUGGUUGAUAGAAAUUGUUCCUUUUGAGUGACAUAAUCGUGUAGCGUCAUCGACCCGUGCCGUUGAACAAUGAAAAAAUUUGCUGUGAAAUUAGUGAAGAUAAAACAGCAGUUUGUGAGAAAACUGCGGGUCUACGGAGUGGGAACUUUUCGGAUUUGAACUCAGCGUGUUCGAAAGUGCAUGUUAGUUCCUGUAAAAAUAUUUCAGAUCUAAGACAUGCUUAAUGAAAUCGUUUUCUAGUCAUGCACUUUUCGAGGUCACAACACACGGCGGACUAAUUGUAAUAUUCGUCCUUCAAUUGAAGUUGUGUUGUUAAUUUAUUGUUCUGAAAUAUUCCGUUUCGUACUACAAAUGGUACUUCAAUGGUACAGUUCAUCGUCCUUCGAUAUGGAAUGACCCUUACUGACCUCUAGGUAGAAUAGUUCAGAAAUCAAACAUUAAAAAUUAUCUUGUACUUAUCCAGUUUAAAUAGUUUAAUCUGCAACAGCAUGGUCUUAUUGUCUACUUGUCAGUCAAUUCAAUCAGUGCUGUUCUGAAAUAUUUCUUUUAGUGGUUUCGAAUGUACUUGCUGUAUAACUGAGUUUAAAACAGUUGAUGAUAAUAUAAUGAUGAGAUAAUUCAGCAAUAGAUGAUUCCCGUAUUACGUUUCAAUAGCGCUUUGCAUUGUGGUUAUAGUGGUAUCACUGAUAAAGAUAGCGGCCUCGAAUAAAAUAUUGAAUGUUUUCGCGAAUAUUUUGCUGUUGGCUAUCGUCCACCUACCUUUUUUAAAAGUUCUUGCACGGGUCAGGACAAAAAAUAUGCCAUCUUGAAUAUCAGUGAUAUACCACUAUAACCAGAAUGCAAAGCGCUACGAAAACGUGAUAAGGGGAAUCAUCUAUUGCCAAUAAGGAAUGGCUAUUUGGGGAAUUGUUGCUUUCACAACUGUUGGUGGUAAAUUUAACGUUCGUUUUAUAGUUUUGUUAAACCUAAUGUUACUGGUAAUUUAUUGAUAUUUUAGUGCUUUCUAAUAUAACGGAGUUUAAAGCAUUUGGUAAUAAUACUGAUGAAAUAGUCCAAGGUGACAACAUAACCCUAUCCUGUACAACCACAGUCGGGGAACCAUUACCAAUUAUACAAAUGCGAAAAGGAAUCACAGUUCUCAACUCUUGCACGGCGAGCAGCAUCAGUCCGACAACUCUGCUGUAUAGUUUUGAGCGAAUUUCGAAAGAUGCAAGUGGAACUUACUCUUGUCAAGUAAAUACAGAUGGGUUUACACCAACGCGAAAUUUACAGUUGGAUGUGAAAUGUGAGUGGAAGUUAAGAUUCAAUUUAAUGUUUGCGACAAAGUUACACACCACUUUUUAUACUUUGUAUAUAGCAUGAUGAAAAGUUUACUUUGCUAUAGUACAGUGUAGAAAUGAUAAAAGAGAAGAGUGCGAUAUUGAGGAAUAAAUUCAGUCAAAUGAAAGGGACAAAUACACCUUUCCGGAAACACGUCACUUUGACUAUAGAGCCUCGCUUUCGUGUAUGUGACAUAAGUUAAAUCCCAGCAUAGGUGACGAGGCCCUAUAUAUGGCAGGUGACGUGUGGACUUCCUGGAAGGAUGUAAUGGGGGCCAGAUUUAUGUCCCCUAUAUGUAAGUAUACCGAAUGUAAAAUCAUGCGCCCAUUUAAAAUGUAGUGGGUGACAUAGGAAUAGUUGUUCACUGCAUGAAUUUCGUCGUUUAUAUUUAUUUAGGUCGUCCGUAAUCUCUAUAUGGAGAGUACCGCCGCCAUGCAUGGUUAUUUAUUUUAUGUCGUUUCUAGGUUCCUCCCAAACUUUAAUAAUAUCGCUCGAAAUACAACUACAAAAAAACCUGUUUUCGCACUGAAUUUGAAAAAAAUCGCACUUCUCCCAGUGAAUCACGUUAGAUCAUUUUUCCACCUAUAUUAUACAAUUAAUAGAGAGUUUAAGCUUCGCGUUAAACGUCAAACGGCAAACGCCAGACAAAGAAAAAAUUUACAGUGUCAGGCAAUAAAGAGUAAAUAAACUUGCUGUUUUAAAACUGAAAUACAUAAUUAUUCUUUCGACGCAAGAAAGAAAAUAUGAAACAAAAACGUUCAACGAAAAUUUUGCCAAGAAAGUUCGAACCUGCCGUUUGCUGUUCCCGGAAACGUGAAGCUUAAACUCCCUAAUAUUAUCGCCCUUUUUAGGGCGCACUUAAGUUACACCAUACAGGUUCUGUUUUGCUCGCCACCAUUUUGUAUUUUUGGUGGAAGUAAAUGUAAAUGUUCCCCAUAAUGUACAUGCAUGCUCUCUUUACGAAUGUAACCCCUAGUUACAUUAAAUACAAGUGAUACAAUACUAACUAUUAACAGUAAUAAACUAAUUACAAGUGAGAAAUUUUUUAUUGUUACCUACUCUGACUACCUCCUCUAGAUCCUCCAGAAAUUGAUAGAUCUGUAAAAACGGAACAGGUUGGUUGUCUUGGAAGGCUGAUAUCGAUAACUUGCGAAGCAUCCGGUGAUCCAGAGCCUGAUGUAAACCUUAUUGGACCUGAUGGAAUAGGUCUACCUAUAAAGGGAUUUGUGUUAAAGGAAUUUGGAACAUAUCGUUGUGAAGCGUUCAGUAGACUGGGAAAUGACUCUCGUAACAUCACAGUUAGUCAAGCGACAGGUAUAUCAUUAAUAUCCUGUAAUAUAUGCUCAUAUAUAGUAGCUAUAUACAUACAUCAUUACAUCAAUUAGGUUGAUUGACAGUUCACAUCAUAAUCACUAGCACAUGUAAUUGUAAUAGAAACCUCAAGAAUCAGUGGACGGUUCCGGCAAUUCUAAAAUUGAGAAAAUUUUGAAAGUUGAAAGUUAAAUUUGCAGCAAAUCUAUCUUUCGACUCACAUAUUUCUUAUCGAUAACACAAAAUUCCAUAUCCUUUUCGAUGUCAUAAAUUAUUUUUGAAAAACGUCUAAAAGCCCUACCUGAUUUCUCAUAAAAGGGUACCCUUUUUUGAGAUUUGUGUGAUAAGUGAAUUGGUUCGUUUUAAUUACCCUUUUACGUCGAUCCAAGUUUCAACUGAAGCGAAAAAACGGAUUAUCUAACGAAUUUAUACAAAUCAAAUCUCCAUAAAAAUAACUGAAAAGGGUACGAUUAUCGCUCAACUGCGUCGUUUUGUAAAAUGACGAAAAAGGGUACCCUUUCCGGUCAACCAUGUUGUUUUGUAGUAAGACGAAACAGAGUACCCUUUUCGGUCAACUAUGUUAUUUACAUAGUAAUAUGAAAAAGGGUACCCUUUUCUGUAAAAUAUGAUCUUUUAUAAUUGAUACUCAAUCGGAUUAAAAAUUGUCUGGAGUUUUAUCAACUGCGUUAACGCGUUAACGCACGUUAAAGCAUAGCGUUUAAUUUAAUUGUAUGCCAAUUCACUGAAGUAGUAUAAUUUAUUCGCUUAUUGUUAAAUCAAAAUGGCGGAGUACUUGGAGCAAAAUAUCGAAGACAUGAAAAACUAUGUUCAAAAGAAUUAUACUUAUCGGCAGAUUAGCGACAUUUUCAAGCAGCAUUUUCCUGGGGUUAGUCGAGGUUUCUCGGAGAGAAACAUUCGGUGAUUAAUAAGGAAACUGGACAACUAUGAAGUCGGGACACCGUUAUUCAACAGUCUAUCAGUGAGGUAUUGUGUGCUGUAACUGAUUAUUUUAAAUAGAUAUGUAUACGUAUGGCGUUGGGUAAUAAUAUUGUGAAGGCAAAAGAGUUUAAUAUUCAUAAUUAAUUGAAAUUGAGAAAUUGUAUAGCGAGCUAACGCAACUGGAAGUGACUUAUUAUAAUUAUAUUAUAUUUAUUAUAUUAUAUUAUAUUACGUUACGUUGCGUCACGUUACGAUACGUUUUUUCGCUUUUAGGUUGAAACUUGGAUCGACGUAAAAGGGUAAUUAAAACGAACCAAUUCACUUAUCACACAAAUCUCAAAAAAGGGUACCCUUUUAUGAGAAAUACGGUAGGGCUUUUAGACGUUUUUCAAAAAUAAUUUAUGACAUCGAAAAGGAUAUGGAAUUUUGUGUUAUAGAUAAGAAAUAUGUGAGUCGAAAGAUAGAUUUGCUGCAAAUUUAACUUUCAACUUUCAGAAUUUUCUCAAUUUUAGAAUUGCCGGAACCGUCCACUGAUUCUCAAGGACUGGCUAGAACACCUAGAGAUAAUCAGACGUGUAUCUUUUACUUAUGA